GGACUUCUACAGGAACAACCAGGGAAAGCGGCAUCAGGUGCCAUUUGCUGCAUCCGUUUUUGGCGACAGGUGCUGCAGUGAAAGUGUUUGCAUCUAGUUGAUGGCUUCGAACUAGGAUGCUGGACUGUUUUUGCACACAGUCGGGACAGUUCGAUAGACUUGGUUGAGGAGAUUUUGUUUGUGGUUUGAAUCGAAGCAGAGAAAAGAGAACUUUGUGUUAUUAUGGAACUCGCAUUGGAAGUGAUUUGGAAUAAUGACUGCCCUCAGCUUGGAAAGGAUUGCACCCUUAGCAAAGUUUGUGUGCUUGUGAAAAACGGACGAUUUUGUGAUUUUCGAUCCGUGUGCUGUGCAUUCUAUGUAUGUUGAGUGCAAAAUCUGUAUGCCAAAGUGCUCGUCCAGAAUCACACUAUUGCGACAAUUACGGAGGUCAUUGUUUAUGUACGAACGGUAAAUUAAGAUUGUUCAUCUAACAAACGCUAAUCAUCCGGUACCAUAUCUUAUCGCUGAAACUAAUAGCCGUUGGUGCAUCAUGAAUCUCUUCCGAGGAGAUAACAACGCACAUUUAGGAAACCCUGUGAACAACCCUGCGAUCGUAAUCUUCUUCCCAUGUAACCAAACAACGUAAACUCCUACACGGCAAAACAGUGCUGUGCCUCUGAACAGAGGCGGAAGACGGCAUUUUUCAAGAUUCCCUAUAGCUGGUAUUUUCGGUUAUCUCUGAUGUUCGACGGCACUCACUCUCGCGCUGAGUUCCAAUCGAAAAACAAACAAACAAACAAACUAUAGGCAACCAGCCAAACACAACCAGCGGAGUUGCUGCUUAUCCGCUGAGAGCGGCGGCACCAGAGCUCAUCACUCUCGAUGAUCAUUAGUCGCAGGCCUCCCACAUCAGGGACGACCGACACACCAAACCCGCGCGCCACAGCAGUGUGCAGUAGGAAGGAAAGGGCAAAAAUUUUCCUCAGUCACACUCGGGACGAAUAGCAAGCAACAACCGAUAACAGGACUGCUCCUGGCCCCCCGUAGUGGCUCCACAACGGGUUGCUAGAGUUUUUUUUUCGUUGCUGUGUGGUGAAAUUACAUGUGUUUUGUAUCUGCCAAUUGAAAUGAUUACGAAUAGCCAGUACUGAUUGCAAUUUGGAAAGGAAAAUCACUUAUUUCACCAUCGCUACGCUACUAGAAGGAAGGACAGUCGCCGUGAAAGGAAGAUCCAGUGUUGUAACAGCAGCAGCCGUUAAACGAGUGAAAUAGAAUUGGCAUUUUCUCAAUACUGAGUGUGGUGGUGAAGAGCAAAGAAGAUUAAUCAAACGUAUAUGUAAAUACAAUUAGUGUGAAGGCAGCCUUGAAUAAUCUUUGCAGUACUGCGUCGCCUUGACAGUUCCAGCUAACCGUGCGAGUGAAUAGGUCUUUAAUUAGAUUUGAAUAAUGUGGAAAGAAAAAGGAUGAAAAUUUCUCGCCUCAUUUUGUUUGUGUUACAUUUACCAAUUAAGGCUUCCUGCUGCCGCCUGCUCGUUCACCUUGCAGGCAGGAUACGGUUAGUGUUGUACCCGAUUGUACGUGCUGGCUAGGCUCUCUAGGCUCUAGGCUGGUGGAAAGUGCUGUUCCUUCCCCGAAAGUUUCAUGGCCAGUGGUGCCUAACCACUAAGCACUGUUGACGAAUUUCCAUUUGGUGUACCGAGGGUUUAGUGUUCUAAGAGCUAGAGAUUACAUAAAACAUUCGUGGUCCGAAGUGGGAGCAUUUGCCGUACUUCGCAGCAGGAUCAAAUCCAAAGGAAAAAGGUCGGAUGCAGUUGGCGUCUAGUGCUGGAGCUAUCUAACAACCUGCCUGCUAUCGAACGACAAAAAAAAGAUGUUGCUUCAGUUGUAGCACCGCCAAUUCAUUACUCUAACCGACGGAUCCAGAACGCCCCGGUUUGUGCCCUAGAACCGGGUUUUUCACGCGUGAAUAGCAGCCAUGCCAUACCAUUCCGGCAACUAUAGUCCAGGGAGCAGUUAAGUCACGGCUACUUAGCACCGCCGCCGAGAAGAACUACCCAUUAGAAUACGUGUCGUAGUGGAGCUGGUGCCGGGAGCAAGUUUAACCAAUUUCUCAUCCCGACCGCCGUAAUGUUGUGGUAGAACUCAAACAACUUGUGCAUCUGGCAACAAAGAAACUAAGUGAGACAGCAGACAAUCAGUGUGGUUUUGAAACCCCUACCGGACGGACCACCACCGGUUGCAAAAUUUACGAUUAGUCUUGUUCCGAUACUGGAGCUGCCAUGUUGAUAAAGGAAUAUCGGAUACCGCUCCCACUGACGGUGGAUGAGUAUCGGAUAGCGCAGCUAUACAUGAUAGCGAAAAAAUCCCGCGAAGAAAGCAAAGGAGCCGGAAGCGGGGUGGAAAUCAUCGUUAACGAGCCGUACCAGGACGGCCCAGGGGGAGGAAAUGGGCAGUACACGCGAAAAAUUUAUCACGUGGGCAGUCAUCUGCCCGGUUGGAUUAAGGGUCUGCUGCCGAAAAGUGCUCUCACCGUGGAGGAGGAGGCCUGGAAUGCUUACCCGUAUACGAAAACUCGCUACACGUGUCCAUUUGUGGAGAAAUUUUCGCUGGAAAUCGAAACGUAUUACUUUGCUGAUAAUGGGCACCAGGAAAAUGUAUUCAAACUCAGCGGGGGUGAUUUGCGAAACCGGCUGGUGGAUACGAUAGAUAUCGUGAAAGAUCAACUUCAGGGAGCGGAUUAUACCCGCGAGGAAGACCCAACUUUGUACGUAUCCGAAAAAACCGCUCGUGGUCCGCUGGGAGAAAAUUGGCUGGCGGAUUACUGGGAGGAAGUGAAGGGAAAGAGUCAACCGACGGCACGCAACAUGGCGCUGAUGUGUGCCUACAAAUUAUGCCGCGUUGAGUUCCGUUACUGGGGUAUGCAAACAAAGCUGGAAAAAUUCAUCCACGAUGUUGCAUUACGAAAAACUAUGGUUCGUGCCCAUCGGCAGGCUUGGGCUUGGCAGGAUGAAUGGUAUGGGCUGACCAUGGACGAUAUCCGAGAGAUCGAAAGGCAGACGCAGCUUGCACUGCAGAAGAAAAUGGGCAAUGAAGAUGACGAUGAUGAUGAAGAUCGUAGCAUUUCGGAUAACAACAGUCGCCAGUCGAACCAGUUCAAUUCCAUCGAAAAAACCGACGAGAAUUCUACGCCACAGGUCAUGAAAAAGUCGACUUUGGCACCUCCUUCACCGCCACAACAACACAGACAGCAAACGUUGCUGCAACCACCGCCCAAAGGAAAGAAACAACUGGUCGAUGAAAGUUCCGAAGAGGAAGAAGACGAUGACGACGGGGAAGAACACGAUGAAUCCAAAUCCACGAAGUUCCACGGUCAACUGACUAGCAAUCACCUUUCGAGUGGUACCAAACUACAGCACUUUGCCGGAUCGAAAGGACAAUUGCAUUCACCGCUUGGGUCUACUCAAAGUUUUGAUCUGCAGCUGGCCAAUCACAAACCAUUACCUAAGAAUGUCGCAAACUGGCGUAUGGAGAAACUGGAGGUGGACUCAAAGUCCGGAUCUGAGGAAGAAUUUUUCGAUUGCGUAGGUGACAUCGGCGAGCAGCAAUCCCUGGCCAAAUGGAGUUCGCUGGAACUACUAGCCGAAGAGGAAGACAGUCCACCGAUGACCGGCGAUCAGGAAGAUUCGAUCUUCAAUCACAGCUACUUACAGCGCGUAGCUUCCGAGCGAGGCAGUCGACGUCCAACGCUCGGAACAGCAUCCAGUAUCGAUCGCGGUAACGGCGAUUCACCACCUGGAUCUCCCGGUCUACCAUCGUGUCCGACAACGGUGCUUAUGCUGGUUCUGCACGCGGGUAGCGUUCUGGAUGCCAACUCCGACAUGACGGCGAAAAAGUCCGAUGUUACGACGUUUCGCGGUGCGUUUGAAUCCGUUAUGCGACAGCAUUAUCCCUCGCUGGUUGGUCACGUUGCGAUCCGGUUGGUUCCGUGCCCGUCCGUGUGUAGCGAUGCCCUGGGUAUCCUCUCCAGUCUGAGUCCGUACUCGUUUGAUGCUUCACCCGCAUCAACGGCCGAUAUUCCUAAUCUGACGGAUAUUCCGAUCGGAGCGAUUCCACUGCUAACGACAUGUUCACCGGAGUUUCAGGAUGCUGUGAAUCGAGCCAUUGCAAGUGCCAAUAUGGUGUAUGCGGAGUUUUUGCGAAGCGACGAAGGAAAAGGAUUCAACGGGCAAGUGGCACUGAUCGGUGAUUCCAUGGGAAGUGUGCUAGGACACGAUGCGCUCUGUAGAACUAACAUACGGCAUGGAAGUGAAGCUUCGGGACUAGAUCACAUCGUGGAUUUUGUUGAAGUGAAUGAUUUGGAUGCGAACAGGCUACUGACGGCACCGUCUCCUAGACGACGAUCUUCCUCAACCAGUGAUGCUCGAAUUCCAAAGUUCGAGUUUGAAGUCGGUGACUUUUUCAUGUUUGGCAGCCCACUGGCAAUUAUCCUAGCUGCUCGAAGAUUGAGCGACAGUCGUUAUGGUACGCACAAACCUUCCUGCUCUCAAAUGUAUAAUCUUUUCCAUCCUACUGAUCCGAUGGCAUCCCGGUUGGAGCCACUGCUUAGUGCGCGCUUUUCAUUGCUUCUCCCGGUGAAUGUACCUCGCUAUGCCAAGUAUCCGUUGGGAAAUGGACAGCCGUACCACCUACUCGAACUGAUACAAUCAAGCCCGCAUAUAUUCAGCAAUGGACCUCCGGCCCGUCGUCUUUCCGAUGCUUCGAUCCAAAGUGCAGCCUCCGGUAUGAUCGAUAAUGUUCCUCUGACAACCAUCAACCAACUACAGCAGCGCUGGUGGGGAUCAAAGCGCUUGGACUAUGCUCUCUACUGUCCGGACGGGCUUAGCAAUUUUCCGGCACAUGCUCUCCCGCAUCUGUUCCAUGCCAGUUACUGGGAAUCCAGUGACGUGAUUGCUUUCAUCCUACGUCAAAUCGGUCGUUUCGAUAAUUUCACACUCGUUGGUUCCGAUGACAAAGAUGUGUCUUCGUUCCGACCAGCGCAACCACGGGAAAAAUGGAAUAAGAAACGUACGUCUGUGAAGCUGAAAAAUGUCACCGCCAAUCACCGAGCUAAUGAUGUAAUCGUUAGAGAAGGUGAGGCUCAAAAGUUGCUCGCUCGCUUCAUGUACGGGCCAUUGGAUAUGAUCACCCUGGCCGGCGAAAAAGUUGAUAUUCACGUGAUGAAAGACCCACCGGGUGGUGAGUGGCAACUGCUGGCCACAGAAACCACCGAUAAAACAGGACGUAUCACCUACAGUCUACCUGACGAACGAAGUCUUGGCUACGGAAUCUAUCCGGUGAAAAUGGUUGUGCGAGGUGAUCACACUUCGGUUGAUUUCUACAUGGCCGUGGUGCCACCGCGAACCGAAUGCAUCGUGUUCAGCAUAGAUGGAUCGUUCACGGCAUCCGUUUCGGUAACCGGAAAGGACCCGAAAGUACGGGCGGGAGCGGUAGAUGUUUGCCGGCACUGGCAAGAGUUGGGCUAUCUGCUGAUUUACAUCACCGGCCGGCCGGAUAUGCAGCAGCAACGGGUACUAUCGUGGCUGAGCCAGCACAACUUCCCCCACGGUUUGGUGUCAUUUGCCGACGGGCUUUCUACGGACCCGUUAGGUCACAAGGCGGCCUACCUGAACACGUUGAUCCAGAGUCACGGGCUGAUUGUACAUCUGGCCUACGGCAGCAGUAAAGAUAUUAGUGUGUACACCAGUAUUGGACUGAAACCAAAGCAGAUAUUUAUUGUUGGCAAGGUCAGCAAAAAGCAGCAAUCGUUGGCCACACCGCUCACCGAAGGAUACGCCUCCCAUUUGAGUUCCUUGAUCGCCCCAGGUGGAUCCCGACCAGCACAGGGUAACGCUCGUAUGGUGAUACCGCGCGGUUGCUUCAACCUACCCGGUCAGCAUCAGUCGAUCCGCAGGCGAAGGUACCUGGCUCAAAGAAGACUGUCUCUUACCUGUUGUAAGAACGAAGAACGUUCGGAAGUAAAUGUUACAAAAUCGAUCUACAAAGCAAACCUAACAAAGAUGAAAAGUAAUCUCGUUGAAAAUGCAAACACUGCUAAUGCAAAACUUGUUGACUUGUUGUGUGUCUGUGUACCCUCUGUACCUAUAGAAAGUAAGUAGUUAAAGAAGCGAUGCCCCAUGCUAGACGGGGAACCGAACGUAGGUGGAUUCGAAACGUCGUUCGAUAUCAAAGCAGGUGGUACGUAUGUAUGCUAAGUUAAUGAUUUUUUUUCAAUUUGCAAGAAAAGAUUAAACAUUGAUGUCAAGAAAAAAAAACCUACACCGUCACUGACAAGAAGCAGUGGACAAUGCAACUAGACGACAUUGAUAUGCACCAGGAAAUUGAGAUACGAAACUGUGCAGCAGUUGUGAAAACAGAUAAAGUUAGUAACUUCAAACCAUUUUGAAAUUAGUAAGUGUUAGUAUUUGGUAGCAAAGUAAAAGAAACAGCUGUCUGAAAAACAGACAGUGUUAAGAACAAUGCAAAUUAGGGCAAGGACAGAGAGAAGAUAUUCUAAAUAUUUGUUAUUAUUUAUACAAGAGAAUAAUGAAAGCUGCAAAACACUAGAUCUAAACGAGAUCUAGCUAUAAAUGUAGCGGAAAAGAGGACGGUAAGAAUCUGAAAAGAGAAGUAUAAUUUAUCUCAGAGUUAGAACUGAAUAGUUAUCAGAAUAUCAUACAGGUGUUAGAGGGUUUUCGUUCAAACUUUAGGUGAUAUUAGUUUAAAUACUCACAGGGUUACGUUGGAUCAAAUCGAAUUUAUUUUUAUGUGUUUAUUUAUUUUUUUCCGGUUACAAGGGUUAUGUUUUAUUAGAAAAGUUGUACAUUUGUCCUGGUAUUUCAAGAAAGAAAAAAAAAAGAAAACAGUUCAACGAAGGUUGCUCACAAAAAAAAACUAUGUGUCUUCAGCUAAAUAUCAAUCGAAUACUUUCACUACAAUAGUUGAAGACUAAGUUGACUUUUUUGUGUGGUAUUUUCAUAAGCCAGAAGGUUGUACUAUUUAGCUAGUUGAGGAGUGGUUGUUGAUAGCCUGUGUUCAGUGAGUGAUAAAUGUCAUAGACCGCAAGUAUUGUAGCAUUUGAAGUUCAAGCGGCUAAAUAGGGACAAAUUGAAAAUCUUAAAUGUCACUACCCGGUGAAAAACGGAUAGACAAAGAAGACCUAUUACUGGGCGGAACGAUGCCGCACAACGACUUGGUGGUUAAACAGUUUUUACUAAUAUCAAACGAGAAAAAUAGGUUGAAAAAAAUACUGACGAAUGGAACAGUAAAUAUUAGGAAAUAGCGAAAAUGUUACAACGUUCAAAGGCAGCGAAACCUCUAUUCACCUCGAAUAAAAAAAAAUCUCAAAAUCAGUGUCUGCCAGAAGCAAAAGGAUGUCGCAGGAUGGACCGCUGAACAUAAAAAGGUUCCUCUGUUUGAGCUUGUAUCUGCGAGUGUAUCGCAUGCAGGAUUGUUUAUUUAGCAAAAUGAUUUCUCCCCGUAGAAAAACGGGUCCCGGUCGCUGUGGUAACCUUUUCGCAACUUUUCAUUUCUACUAUUCCAUUGUCAGUUUUUAUUCAAUCAAUUUUGCUCGUUGGAUACUGAUUAAAACUUGAAACAUGUCUCUACGUCUAGCCACGACUAAAAACAAAUCGUUUGACGGUUAGAGUUUUGUCUCUGAAAGAUACUUUCUCAUUUUCAUUUUCUGUGUUUGAUUCAUUUAUCUUUUUCAAUCUAUUUUUUAUUUGGGUAUUAGAGUUUAUCAGGUUGGGGUAAAAGAAAUCCAUUAUUUUUAUGCACACUUUAAUAUUUUAUUUUGCAUGUUUUGGAUUGUGCGAUUUGGGCAAAAUAUGCACACUUAGAAGACUCCGGAGAAUUCGGUAAUUUAUUACCGAAUUUUCGACAGCUGAAUGUUCAGUAAAGUAACAAAUGUUGCUGAAUUGUCAAACAUCUACCGUAAACUGCAAACGAAACGAAUCUUACGAAUGAUUCGGUAAUUUUGUUAUGUUUGUAUUCUUUUUGGUAAAAAUUUGUGAUUUGAAUGGAUUUUAAAACACUGCACAAAUUUUCAAAUAACGAUUUGAUUUUCAGGAUUUGGAUUCACAGAUACGAAUGAGGAAAAUAAGAAUCAGUAGUGUAUGUAUCAAUGAAAAAAUAAAAAAAAUGUUGAGAAGAAAUGCGACUUCAUGUCUCACUUGGCUGCACAAUCCGUCGAGUCCACCAGAAACUAACCUCGAUCGAUAUGUGUUGGCAGCCAGUGGGCAUACUGAUAUGAAAAUUUUCUGUAAUGAAAAAAUGUAGUGUAAAACUGAUCGUCCACUAAAAAUUUGCAUAAUUUUCGUAAAAAAUUUUUUUGGGCCGAAAAAACCGGUUAUUUGUAUUGAUUACUGAAAGUUUUCGUCUAACCAAUUACCGAACAAUGAAAUCAAGGCUUAGCGUGUGCUCUGCUUUGUUCUAUAAUUUUAUAUUAUUUUAAAGAUAUCUAUAUAACUCUUUUCACAUUGUAGUUUUCGAUCCUAUUGACGAAAAAAUCUAUCUCGAUGAUUUUCGCAGUCUUCUCUUGACGCUAAACCCUUAUCAUUGGAGCUUUAUCAUUGGAAAAGUUUUACAAUACAAUAAUCAAAACGGUAAUCGCUUGGUGCCAGAUCAGGACCAUAUAGUGGAUGCAUCAAAUCUUCACAAACAAGCUUACAGAGUUUCUGACGAGUCACUGUAGGCAUGUGUGAUAUGGCGUUGUCCUGAUGGAACUCGACACCGCUUUCAUUGGCUAAUCCGAAUUUUGUGUUUGACCAUAUGAAAACCUCUCAUAACAAACCUUUUUCCUGACCCACCAAAAAUACAGCACAACCUUCGCAAGCUAAUAAUCAUGGUUGCUUCACCGCGCUUUGACCAGGACCAUUUUUACGCAAUGUAACUCACCGCUCAUCCCCAGUUACGAUCCAUUCCAUAAACAAGUCGGUUUGAUUUCGCUUGGUCUAGACUUUGCACGAGGAAACUCGAUCAUCGAAGCUAAGCGAUUUGCAGUUCCUUGGAUCGAGCUUCCAAUCGUAGUCUUUUGGUCGUUGCCGAUUAGUCCGAGUCGUAACUGGUGUUUUUCGGACGGCUUGUAAGACCUUCCUCAUUCUCCUGCCUCGCCGAAGAACUAUCGUACGAGCUAUGUAUAGAGUCCCACGCUGUCCCCACGAGGACGAUAACCAGUCGCCCCUUACAUGGAAAACAGACGUUGUUUCGAGUCGUUUCUCUGAUAAGAGGAGACGAGCCCUCUGUCACCAUAUGACCAAGGUCCCACCGGGGUUGGUAAUCCGAUCUUGCCAACGGUUACUCAUAUCACAAUUAGCAUCGUGGGAAGGUAGUAGUUACUAGACAAGAGGUUCAUGGAUCACGCUACUAAGACAAAUCUGCGAGUAGUUUUAUUGUCUCUUUUACUAUUUCCAGUAAUAAAAGGUUCGGAAACCAUCUAAAAUAAAGAAAAUAAAUAGUUUCGCCCUUCCUUACUAACAAUUGAAGUAUCACCCUGUUUGUUGGCAUGGAACACGGAGGGCGAAACUUGCGUAAACAAAUGGAAUGACAGUUUCGCCUUUUAUAGUUCUUUGUAUUACUAAGAUUGAGGUUUUUGUAGAAUACGAAUUUUUAGACAAACUUGUAGGAUUUUGAAGCAUUUAAUGGUAGGAGAGAGAGCCUCGAUUUGUUUACUUUUGUAAGAUUCGUCCUUCUUUGUAAAACAACUGAGAUGGCGAGAUUUUUCUAGGUGUGAGUGCGGUUGUUGAUUUUUUUUUUAACAAGAAGUAAUGGGGAAGAAAAGUGUAAACAUCGACCGAUACAGGAUAAUCCGUCGAAUUCACAUUUACCAAGACGGGAAUACUUGAUAACUUGGAGAAAUUUAACUACAUACCCGAAAGCACCACAUAAUAGUGCUGACAUAGAUUUUUGAGCUAUGUUUUGUUGCGAUGUUUACUUGCGUAGAUCCCGGCGCCAUACUUAAUUUCGUGAAAAAAAUACAAAAAAGCAAGAACCGCUCUAUCUCGUCACCACUGUUAAUUCUAAGGCUGUGAACCAUUUCACGGUUAAUUUUAACUUUUGGUUAAAAUCUGACACUUGAGUGGUUAUUUGUAGAGAUGGGCAAUUCGCUCCUGAGCUGAUCCAAUGAAUCGAAUCAUAAAAGUGAGCUGACAGCUCACAGCUCUUUUUAAAAGAACCGCAGCUCACCAGCUCACUCAUUUGCUACCCAGUUCACCGCAUUGUGAAGAGGGGAAUAAGCUACGAGCUGAACAGAUCUUCGGCUCUUGAAGAGCGAGCUCUAAACGAGAAAAAAUGUUUGCACCAAGUUUCGCUAUUUCUAUCAUGCCUGCAUCUAUCCUUCUUUAACGGAUUGAAUGAGACAUUACCAGUAAGAAAUCUUACCUCUCACGAAGCAAGAACGGGUCACAAAAUUAACCAUCAGUUCAAUCUAAAUGAGCUGAAGAGCUGAUACAUCGAAUCGAUUCAUUUUGGUGAGCUGAUCGGUUCGGAGCUGCUCACCAAUAUGAGCUGUUUCGCACACCUCUAGUUAUUUGGUGUCGAGUAGUUAAAUUUGACUAAAACUGUGGCCCACACGCUUAGAAAAAGUUACUCAAAGUUUGAGUAAUAGUUACUCAUUUUCAAAUGAUACAUGGAAACGUCAAAAAUUGAGUAGUUAUCAUCAAUGAUAUUGAGUAACUCCUACUCUAAAUUUGAGUUUAACGCAAAAUCUCGUUUUAUAGUUACUAUUCGCAUUCGCGAUAAGUCUAAAAGUUGUAAUAACCAUUUGUAGCAACAGGUUGUAUUUUUUGUUCGUGAGACGCGUAUUUCGAGGGUGAGUCGAUCAACACAAACGGUGUUGUGUCUGCAAAAACCGGAAUGAUCAGCUUCGUGUUGUGCUUUAGAAUGGAAACGAAUAUGCUCAAAUGUCAUUUAUGAGGAAUAAGUGUAUGAUUGGUGCCUGAGCAUAACACACUACUCCAAGCGACCACCACUUGAUAUAGUAUUGAGUUCAAUUAUUUAACAUUUUAAUACAACACACACAGAAAAGGAGCAAUUUUUUGCAAAUUUGGAAUAUGUGAAAAAAAAUUUCACACAAAAUUUGAGUGAUAGUUACUCUAUUUUUGUACAUGUACGAAUAAAGUAUUACUCAGUAAAUGAGUAGAUUUUACCCAAAUAUCGUUUCCAGUGGAAGAAUUCAAAUUUGAGUAACUUCGGAGUUACUCUAAAUUAGAGUUGUUCCACUUUUUCUGUAGAUGAGUGAGAUCUUACUCAUUUUUGAGUAACUAUUUUUAAGCGUGCAUUUCAAAAUUUGACGGACGGAAAGUUAUUUGGGUUUAUUUUCCACUGGAAAUAAUUUCAACUAAAGAAUUAGUAUUAGAAUUUUCAUUGCGAGAUUUUUUUCAGUGUUGAAAAAUAACUAUCGAUCUGUCAAAAAUAACCAUGCUCUCGAGCAGGGUUAUUUUUGACAACAUCAAAUUAACCACUCGAGUGUCAGAUUUUAACCAAAUGUUAAAAUUAACCGCGAAAUGGUUCACAGCCUAAAUCGUGAUUCCGAGCGACGUCCGUUGAACUGCCAUGCUUAGAAAAAGUUACUCAGAGUUUGAGUACUAGUUACUCAUUUUCAAAUGAUAUGUGGAAACGUCAAAAAUUGAGUAGUUACCAUCAAUAAUAAUGAGUAACUCUUACUCUACAUUUGAGUUUAACGCAAAAACUCGUUUUAUGUUACCAUUCGCAAGAUCAGUCUAAAAGUUGUAACAACCAUUUGUAGCAACAGGUUCUAUUUUUUGUUAGUGAGAUCGCGUAUUUCAAGAGUGAGUCGCUUAACACAAACGGUGUUGUAUCUGCAAAAACCACAAUUUUUAGACUGUCCUCUUAGUUGUGCCAUCGACGCAGUUAUUGUGUCCAGAAGGGAUCCGACCUGUGCUUCAGAAUGGAAACAAAUAUGCUCAAGUGUGUCAUUUAUGAGGAACAAGUGUCUGAUUGGUGUCUGAGCAUUACUGACAUGUGUAUUAAGCUACGAUUGACACACUACUCGAAGCGAUCGCCACUUGAUAUAAUAUCUCGAAAUUAGAAAUCAAUUGCAAACGGAAUAAUAAAUAAACACAGUAUGAUUAUUUUAUGUAUUGCGUGUCAAUUACUUAAUAUUUCAAUACAAUACAAUUAAAAAAAGGAGCAAUUUUACUCUAAUUUGGUAUAUGUGGAAUAAAAUUUCAUUCAGAAUUUAACUAAUUACUCUAUUUUUGGCACAUGGGAAAAUAAAGCAUUACUCAGUAAAUGAGUAGAUCUUACCCAAAAAUCGUUUCCAGUAGAAGAACUCAAAUUUGAGUAACUAAAGAGUUACUCUAAAUUAGAGUUGUUCCACUUUUUCUAUAGAUGAGUGGGAUCUUACUCAUUUUUGAGUAACUACUUUUAAGCGUGUGUCAUUUCCUGUACGUCAAUCGAUGAAACCAUGUUUCAUCAUAAACGUUUUGCGGUCUUCACGUGCUUUCACUGAAAUUAAUGUAUAUUUUUGCUUUUACUAUCGGGGGGCUCACGGCUAAGGGAUAUUUCUUUCUGUGUAUCGUUCAAUUUGAUGAAAUAUUAAGGAUUUAAUGGGGUUGAGACUAAAUGUUACAAUGAUUUAGAUGAUUAACAUAUCGCAUUAAUGUCUACAUAACACUGGUGUACCGUGAACUUUGUUCAAGGAACAUAAUCAGGCGAGAGAAACAUCGUUGUCAUUUUUUUCUGCGAGCACAAUACUUUACGAAAUAUCCAUGACCACAGCAAACUACUGAAAAAAUAAUGGAUUCCUUUUCCGCCUCUCUGAUUACUUUCUUUUUAUUUUAGUUUAUUUUGAAUUUCGUAAAACUGCCGCGAUAAAAGAUCUCAAUCUCAACAUCUCGAUUGUUUUAUGCUACACAGUAAAAGGCUUUGUCUAAUCAUAUUGAGUUAAUCGUUAAAAAAUAAUCAAAAAGUUAUCUUAUUAGUUCGACUAUUUUUUUAAUAUUGGAAAGAGGACGUUUUGUUCGGCCACUUAAGACUUCACGGAGUUCCGGUUGGAACUUGUAAGCCGUAUAAAAUUGCAACCUCCCGGAUUUGCUGAGCAAGCUAAACUAAAACUAAUCAAAUUAGCUACACCAAACAGUCGACAAUCCUUUUCGCGCAGACACGAAUCGUGAAUGCAUGACAAAUGAAACUUUUCGCUGUAAACAUUGAUCAAAUAAAGUAUAAAGAAAGGAAACAUUCGAUGUCGUUAAACAUACGCUAGGAAACAAAACAAAAAAAAAAACAAAAAACGAGAUUAAACUCCUUUUUAGUUGCUACAAGCAUUGUAAGUUACAAACCAUGGGAUAAUUGGAACUAUAUAUAUCGCAAGUUCGCUCCUGUAAGGAGCAAAAGCAAAAGAUGAAUUUAAAAUCUCGAUUGAUUUGCGCUGUUGAAGCAAACCAGGAAAUCACUUCGGCUGUUAUACUAAUUUUAUGUGAUGAAGGAAAAGAACACGGAACAAAGAUGAAAGCAGAACUAGUUUGGAGAAAAUGCUUCACGCAAUGAGAAAAUACGAUUAUAUUUGGUAGUGUAUUGGAACUCAAUGGCUGUUCUAAACUUUAUUUUUGGAUAAGGUUCUGAAAAACUACACUAGACUAUAUGAUUAUUGAAGAGAAAAAAAAAACAAUACUGAAAGAAGCAACAACAAAUUGUAUGAAUAUAAUUGUUAUAAAAAUGUGUGCAAUAAAGCAAAAUAUAAUAGAAA